UCAGGGUCGCAUUAAUGAAAUGAUAGAUAUUUUUUGCUUUCAGUCCUGGCAAAGCACUUGGUAAAAAUUAUUAGUCACAGAUAUCUAUAAAGUCAACGUUUCUAAAUUACAUCUUUAAAGUAAAAAGUAUUUGCUUAUUCUUUUGGCCAAUUAAUCAGCAACAUGCAGGAUCCUCUUGAAGACACUGAGUGGAAUGAUAUAUUACGUUCUAAAGGUAUUUUACCUCCCAAACCAAAGGAAGCUGAAAUUACCGAAGAUCAAGUUCAGUUAAUGCUAGACGAUGCUAUACAACGGAGAAUUGAUUUGCCUGAAUCUAACCGCAAAAAAGUCGAGGAUAUGAAUUUGAAUGAGUUGGACGAACUAGAAGAUUCUGAGGAUGACGAAAUUUUAGAAUACUAUCGAAAGCAACGUAUAGCUGAAUUAAAGGCUUUCGCCGAAAAAGCGAAAUUUGGAGCAGUUGGAGAAAUUUCCGGUCAGGAUUAUGUGAACGAAGUGACUAACGCUGGAGAAGGCAUUUGGGUGGUGCUGCAUCUCUACGCCAAUGGCGUUCCAUUAUGCGCAUUAAUACACCAUCAUAUGCAGCAAUUAGCUGCACGAUUCCCUCAAACAAAAUUUCUGCGUUCAAUUGCUACAACUUGUAUACCGAAUUUCCCCGAAAAGAAUUUGCCCUCAAUUUUCGUUUAUCAUGAAGGACAGUUAAAGAAACAGUUAAUCGGUCCAAUAGAAUUGAGAGGUGAAAAAUUAACAUUGGAAGAAUUCGAGUAUAUGUUAGGCCAGGCUGGUGCUAUAAACACAGAAAUUCAAGAGGAUCCUCGCCCGACAAUAAGAGAUAAAAUGUUUGCUGAUUUACAAAAUCAAAGUGUCGAUUUCUAUUAGAGUCCGUGCCGCGAGUAUCUAAUAUUAUAUGUGAAAAACGGGAACCGUGUCAGAAAACGCAAGUAAUGACUUGGGAGCA